GAAGAGAGUGGCGGCAUGUGUGGAUAAUGCGUUACCGUCGGCCUGGUUCACAAGGGAUUACUUCUGCCUUCCCUUAUUAGGCGGGGUUGUUUUUUUUAAAUUCACUUCUAUCAUUAUAGCUGCAAUUUUUAAACUAAUAAGUUGCUGAUAUUCCUUCUCUUAAUUUACUCACUUAUCUCAGUUUGUUAUUAGUUGCGUCAGCGCACCAAUAAUCAGUAUGACAGUUGUUCAAGGAGAUAAUUUAAGCGAUUGUACACUGAAAGAAAAGCUGGACUUUUACUAUCGUGUUGUUAAAAAUCAAAUUCUUCGCUUCCAGCAUCCUGUCAGUGGAUUGUUUCCUCUUAUGCCUAUGAACACUAAUUGUAGAUACAGUCAUGUACGAGAUUCUGUAUACUGUGCCACAGUUGUAUGGGCUCUGCAUCAGUCUUUUGCGAGAGUUAAUGAUGAUGAAGGACGUUAUUAUGAACUUGGUCAAAGUGCUGUGAAAUGUAUGCGUACUAUUUUAAUGGGUUGGAUGCAGCAAUCUGCACGGUUGGAAUACUUUAAAAGAGUUCAAAACUUGGAUACUUGUCUUCACUCACGUCUUGAUUAUGAAACUGGUGAACCUAUUUACGAUGAUAAUUACAAAAACUUACAAAUGGAUUGUAUUGGUCUGUAUGUAAUUCAGCUGGCUCAAAUGAUUCAUUCUGGACUUGAGAUUGUUUACACAAAAGACGAAGUAGCAUUUGUACAGAAUCUUGUAUUCUAUUUGGAAAGAGCCUACCGUAUCCCAGAUUAUGGAAUGUGGGAACGUGGAACAAAACAAAAUCGUAAUAUGACUGAAUUACAUGCAAGCUCCAUCUGUAUGGCAAAAGCUGCAUUGGAAUCAGUUGCUGGAUUCAAUAUUUAUGGUUAUGAAGGUGGCCAUUCUUCUGUCCUUUUUAUGGAUGCUGACGCCCAUAGUCGUAAUAGGAUAAUUAUGACAAAUUUGUUACCUAGAGAAUCUGCAUCAAAGGGUACUGAUGCUUCACUUAUUCCUGCAUUAUGUUGGCCUGCCUAUGGUUCGUGUUCAACCAGUACACGUCUUCCGGCUCUAGAGCGCUGUUUGGAACGUUUAAAAGGUGCUUAUGGCUUCAAACGAUUUACUCGAGAUGGUUAUGCUACUGUUUUAGACACAAAUAAUGAAUAUCAACCGGGAGAAUUAAUGAAAUUUGUUGGAAUCGAAAGUGAAUGGCCAAUGUUUUUUGCUUAUUUGGUUAUCGAAAAUUGUUUAAAUGGUGAUCGAGAGAAAGCAGUAGAAUAUGAUCAAUUAAUGCAAUCACUUCUUGUACAUCCAAUUUCAGAAUCAUAUCCUUGGCUUCCGAAAUUUUACUUUGUUCCUAUUGAAGAACUGGAAAAAGAACGCCGUUGCCGUGGUUCUGCAAUACGUAAAAGCAGUUUUCGUUUAGUCGGUGAAUCUCGUUUUCUUUGGGGACAAUCAGUAUACAUUAUAUCACAAUUACUUUUGUCUGGAUGUCUCUUGCCAAGUGAUUUAGAUCCAAUCGGUCGAAGACCAUCACAUCGUUUCUCUGGCAUGUCGUCUACUUUAGGGAAUGAACUCCUAUUUUCUGGAAAAUCAAUGAAUGUGACCAUUCAAGUAGUGCUUAUCUCUGAAUCUGUUCGUUUACAACAAGUCUUAGCAACUUAUGGUAUUAUCACUCAAACACCUGUACAAGUUGAACCUAUUCAAAUUUGGUCUCCCGAUCAACUUGUUCGUGUUGGUAAAUUUAUGGGUUGCAGUGAACGUCUAGGUUUAUCUGGUCGUCCUCCGCGACCUUAUGGACAACUGGGUACCAGUAAAUUUUAUAGAAUAUCUGGUCUGACUGUGCUUUGUUAUCCAAUAUUAUUUGAAUCUCAAGAAUUUUAUCUCCUUCAUGAUAUGCAAGUGGUUAUUGAUGAAGCAAAGACAGAUUUUCUAUUUUUGUCUAAUUGGUGGAGAUUACGUGGACGUCCCACAUUUUGUUUUCUGAUGCGUGAAGAUAUGGUAAAGGUUCCAGGUUUCGAUAAGUUGCUUCGUUUCCUUGUCAGUAUGAAAAAUGGCACUGUUCAAGAAGCUCAUGUUGUUCUAGGACGUGCACAGAAAUUUGUUUCAAGUGGAUUUGUUGAACAUUUGGACUUUUUACCGUAUUGGACUGCAAAAGGUGAAUAUUUUCGAAGAUUACAUCAGUUAGAUACUGGACGUUCAUAUCAAAGUUUAGAUAAUUUGCCUAAAGCAGUGAAUAUACCAUCGAAAUCUGCAAAUCAAUUUCAAUCGCAUAUGUCUGACGAAGAAAUUAUUCGAAGUAUGCAUGCUAUAGAUAGAAAACCUUUACAAAAGUUAACUGAACAACAAGUCAUUGAACAAGCUAUUAAACCAGGUGAUAGUCCAUUAAAUUUAGCUUAUCGAAUAGCUGCAUUACAUGAAUUAUUAAAUCGACAUGGUUUAGAUCAUGGUUUUUCAACUGAUCAACAUUUUCUCAUUAUACGUGAUUGUCUCACAGAAUUGUCACGAAAAGCCGGUAUUCAACAAGCAUGGUGUGUAGUACGUUUAUCUGCUGCUUUACUAUCUCAAUUCGCUAGCAGUUUGGCUCCAUCAUUGUCAACUAUUCUUGUCUGUGGCAAACAACUUACAAUUGGCAUUUCACAAGGCUCAGAGGUUGUUGUUAAUAAACCUUUAAAUCCAGAUGAACUACACGCUUUAUUACGUGAAGAGGUUUAUUCACAUGAUCCGGUACAGUUUUCGUUGCAACAAGAACUUAUUUUAUCUGUCAGUAGUUUAUUGACUUCAAACAAACAUUUGUUUGAUGGAAUCAAAUUUAUACGCUUAGGUUGGUUAUUGGAAGCAAUGAAAUUGAAACUUGAAUUGGAAACAUGUUUAGAUGUUGAUAAAGAUCCUUAUCAUCAUCAUCAUCAUCAUAAUCAAAAACAACAGCAUCAACAACAACAUCAAGAUGGGGAAUUAUGUAAAUCUAGAUUGAUUUAUGAGGAUGUAUCUAAAUCAUUGGCAAAUUUAGAAAUCAAUCCACGUAGUCUAGGCGCAUGUCAUUUGUAUAGUUUGCCUCCCUGUCAAGUUAAAGAUUUGUUAUUACGUACAUUAAAAGCUGGUCAAGAAGGAAAAACUGAACUGAGUAAUUCUGUAAAUUCUACAACAACUACUACUGCUCAUACUACUUCGACUACACCUAGAACGGAUAUUUUCAACUCUGCAAAACCGGCUGUAAACAAUACUCAAGAAUUAUCAGUAAUUACUGAAAGCAGACCAAUGAAAGAUGUUUCAGAAUAUAUCCAUCGGACUCGUCGUGCACGUUUACGUCGUAAUAUUCCUCGUGAUAAACGUUCUCAUGGUUCAAGUGAAUAUUCGUCUACAGAGGUUUUAGAUAUAUCAAAAGCAUUGUUUCAACGUCAGAUGGAUGGAUGUUUAGGCGUCGUACCUCCAACGUUUUAUCAAGGUGUUUAUUUUAUUCUUGAACGAUCUCCUCAUGGUAUAUUGAUUUAUGGUAAACUGCUGCCACAGAAACCUACCUUAACAGAUAUGACACCGUAUGAUUUCAAUUUUGUUGAUGAAGUUGAAUGUCUUCUUAGACCAAUAUGUGAUCCUGCCUAUCGGUCACUAGUUGUAGAGACAAUGAUGGUCAUUGCAGUUAUACUACAAAGAAACACUGAACUUUCAUUUGAUGAGGUAGUCGAUAUUAAACUCAUUAUUAUAGAUGCAAUAAACGCCUUCAAACGUGAUCGCCAUCCUAACAUAUCCGUUGAUAACGUCCCUUCUCAUGUGCAAAGACGUAUGUCAUGGUCUGAGCCAGAUUUACUGUCCUCCUUGGAAUUGCCAAUUUAUACGGAAUUCACAUCAACUCCAGCGAAUGCUACCAUGGGAACUACUUGUUAUAUCGCUAAGUCUGUGCUUGAUAGACUAUUGAAAGGACAUAUAGAUCUCACUGGUGUCACUAAAGAUGCUUGUUGUGCAAUGUGAUCGGUUGUAUACGUCUUAAGAAGAAAUUGAUUUUAUGUUGCUUACCGCAUUUUAAUUUAAAUAAUUUAUCCUAGAUUUCCCCUCUACACCACUUCAUUCUUCUAGUAUUUAAAUCACUUCAUAAUAUGACUAUUAUUUUCAAUUUUGUUUCAUUUGAUCCUCUCUUCAUUUACUUAAAUAUUUUAUAGUUAGACAUUAUGAAUUCUGAUGAUUUAAAAUAUAAUUUACAUUACACCUGA